AUGGCGGCCGACGAGCAGUGUAGCACAGACAGAGCUAAUUACAGUUUAAACCGAUCAUGGAGAGCGUCCGUUUGUGGAAGAAUGUUUAUUUUAAUGUGUGUUUUGUCAGUGGACCUUGGAGGAGCUACCACACACUGGGUGGUUACAGAAGACGGGAAGAUCCAGCAGCAGGUGGAUUCUCCGCUCAACUUGAAACACCCACACCAUCUAGUCCUCUUUAUGCAGCAGGAGACUCGUGUCAACUACCUCAAGAAAUUGGAGAAACAGCUAGUUGCUCAAAAAAUUCACAUUGAGGAGAAUGAAGACCGAGACACUGGGUUAGAACAGCGACACUAUAAAGAAGAUGCUGACUGUGUCAUGGCUAAAGUUCCCCUCGGGGAUCUGGACCUUUAUGACGGCACCUUUAUAUCCCUGGAGAGUAAAGGAAUUAAUCCUGAACAUUACGUGGAUUACACACUACCUCUACCUCCAGACCUUGAAAAGCCUGAUUGUGCCGAAAUCGUUGAGCUCUCCUACAGCAUUUAUGCUUUUCAGCACCUAAGGGGUGUGCAGCAGAAAGUAAACCUCACGUCACCUUUGCUGUCAAAGGAUGACCCUAUCUUUGCUUCUUUAUCCCAUAAACUGGGUCAGCGCAUUGAUGAGGUUGGCCAUAGAAUACAUCAGGGUCUUCUAAAGAAUUCAUCGUCCUGGGUGCUUUAUAAUCUGGCCUCCUUCUAUUGGCGAAUGAAGAACGAGCCCAGGAGAGCUGUGGACUGCGUGAUCCGCGCUUUGCACUUUUCUCCCAGGGAGCACAAAGAUGUGGCCCUGGUCAAUCUGGCCAAUAUUCUUCAUCGAGCUCACUUCUCAGCAGAUGCCGCCAUCCUGGCACAUGCUGCCUUGGACCAUACCACUGAUCUGCUCACCAGCCACUACACACUCGGCAACAUCUAUGCUAUGUUGGGUGAGUAUAAUCACUCGGUGCUGUGCUAUGAGCAGGCUCUGCAGGCUCAGCCAGGCUUUGAACAGGCUCUGAGGAGGAAGCACGCCGUCCUGUGUCAGCAGAAGCUCGAGCAGCGACUAGAGGCUCAGCACAGGUCUCUGCAGCGCACUCUGAACGAACUGAAAGAGUACCAGAAGCAGCACGAUCAUUACUUGCGGCAGCAGACCAUGCUGGACAAGCACAAGCUCAUCCAGGAGGAGCAGAUUCUCCGCAACAUUAUCCACGAGACACAGAUGGCCAAAGAGGCACAGCUUGGUAAUCACCAGAUGUGCCAUCUAGGCCAGCAACAGAAUAGCCUGUUCUGCCCAUACGACUUACCUGUGCGUUAUCAUCGGGGAGAUCUUUUUGAGAAUGUGAACUAUAUCCAGUUUGGUGAGCAGGUGUCUGUAGCCAGCAGCUUGGCCCUGGUGUCUGAGAUGAGUCUGAACGAGAGCCGAAGCACACCGCUAUACCCAACUGUAUCUGGAGGAGAAGUGCCGGCAGCAAACUGGGAUGAUGGGUCUAAUUCUGAUUCUGAGACUCAUAGUGUCCUGUGGCCAACAAGAUCAGACUGUACUCAGCGCUUCCCCUCCAUUCCUUCUGCUCACCUGCUGCCUACCUUCUUCCUUCCUCCAGAGAGCCACGGCUUAAGGGCAAAGAGUAGCCUGUACGUAAGCAGGAACGGCCCCGGUUCUGCAGAACCCCCUGACUGCAGUUUAAAAGCUCAGCUCCUGCCUGCUGACCCCCUAACCUCCGUGGCUUGGGCCCUGGAAGAGAAACAUCUGCCUGAUGAUCACGCCAAUCAGAUACUGCUGAAGCGUAGUGGCGGGUGGAGUCUGGAACAAAUGGGCGCAAUGAUAGCAAAAGCUAUGGAGAAGGUGAGUGUGCCUCACUGGCUGGUUUAUAAUGAAGCCGGGCUCUUUUGGCGAGCUAAAGGAAAUGGUACGCGAGCGCUGCAGUGUCUGCGACAGGCCCUGUACUCUGCACCCCCUCAGGACCGAGAAGUGCCGCUGGUCAACACCGCCAACCUGCUUCUUCACUACGGCCUGCACCAUGAAGCACAAGGACUUCUGGAGCAGGCCAUGGAGCUUAAUGCCUCUGAGCCUCACACUUUGCUGAGCAUGGUGAGUGUGCAGCUCUCUCGGGGGAACCUGACCGGCGCGCUGGCUCUGUUCCGGCACGCCCUGUCUCUGAGCGCCCGCUGCAGCCAGUGCUGGGCCAGCCUGCCCCUGAUGCGCUGCCUACAGUUCUACCCGUUCCUCUACAACCUUCUGCCCCAGGCGUGCCCAUAUAACUCGGCCUGUGAAAGAGAGUUAGAAGUUGAGGUGGAGAUCUGGGACUCGAGCACUGAGGGAAGAACGGAUACAAGAAACAUUGAGGCCAUAAUUAGCUCCGCACUGGAGGACUCACUUCUGUUUGAGAAAGUUGUGGUGGACAGUAAUGGCUCAGGGGAAGUGGGCCAGCAGGAGCAAGGAGUGAAAGAUAAAACAGAGUUGCAGGUUGAAACUGAAGACUGGCAGCUGCGCGAGGAGCUGAUGGGGGCGUUCGAGGGGGCUUUGGACGUGAGCGGAAAGGCGGGUGACCUGCGGGGAAUCCGUGUUUUGAAGAACGACAAGGUGAUGGGAGCUAACGGUGAUGGGCCCUGCUUCGGCAACUGUGAGGAUGAUGACGGAGCAGAAUGGAUCACAUUCCAGGUGAAGCGGAUGCGAAAACCCAAAGCAGAGUCCUCAGAUAGCUGGACAGAGGAAGAGGAGUUAGCUCACAGUGAUUCUUCUCUGGCACAGUCGACCCUGGAGAUCAGUGGCCCCACAAUUCCUGCUCCAGGACCUCCAGGAAGGUGGAAGGACUACAGCAGUCUGGGCUGGCCAGGACCAGAGGAGUGUCAGCGUACACGGAGGGUCGAUCUCAACACUGUGGCAAGCACCUGGCUGGCAGUGUCUGCCAAGAAUAUUGACAUUACGGAGCAUAUAGACUUUGCCACCCCUUUGCAGGAGCCAGCUGCAGAACCGUUGUGCAAUGCCAACCUGCCUGCUAGCAUGCACACGCUGGACCAUUUGGGUGGCGUUGCCAACCGCGGCAGCAUCCACUAUACAGGAGAGAGCCAGCUCAAAGAGGUGCUGCAAAAUCUGGGAAAGGAUAAGUUCAUGCCACAGUCGUUCGAACAAGUGGGAACCCGCCUGGCUAAAGUCUUAGAAAAAAAUCAGACUUCAUGGGUUCUGUCCAGCAUGGCAGCGCUGUACUGGAGAGUGAAGGGUCAGGGGAAGAAGGCCAUCGACUGCCUCCGACAGGCUCUAAACUUUGCUCCUCACCAUAUGAAGGAUGUGCCCCUGAUCAGCCUGGCUAACAUCUUCCAGAACGCCCGUCUCUGGGAGGAUGCGCUGACCGUGGCCCGCAUGGCAGUGGAGAUCGCUCCUCACUUUGUUGUAAACCAUUUUACCCUCGCUAACGUCUACAUAGCAAUGGAAGAGUUUGAAAAGGCAAUGCAGUGGUAUGAAUCCACUCUAAAACUCCAGCCAGAGUUUGGACCUGCCAAAGAUCGUCUGCGCACCAUCCAGUGCUACCUCCUGACCAAGAGGGACAAGCGUUCUCCAUAAAGGCUUAGGGCUACACACUACACACACAUGCAUACACCUCCAUUUAAAACAAUAGUAAGAAAGUUUGUUUUGUUUUCAUAGUUUCCUUUUUGAUCAUAUCCUCAUAUCAUUCAAAACUUUAACAGAUAUUUUCUAAUGAUAAGAAACAAUUAUAGUAAUAACUGGACAGGGUUUUUAUUUAUUUUAUGGUGUUGGAUUUUAUCUAUGUUUCAUUGCACACUGUUCUCCCAUUUUUACUAUUUGUGAAAUUCUAGAUAAAAAAGGAAUUUUAGUGAUCAUUGUUUCCUAGCCCAAUUUUAUUGCCCACAAAUGCUAGAUGGUUUAAUAUCCAGUCAUAAAAAGUGCAAUUAUUAAUAACUGACAUAUAUGUACAACAGUUCUACUUUAAACAUGUUCUGCAUAAACAUUAGGGCCCAUAUGAAAGCGUAACCAUUAAAACAUUUCGUUUUAAUUUAUGUGUUUUCUGUCAGAUUUAGAAACAAACCUGCUCUUUUUUCCUCAUUAGACAGCAGAGAAUGAUGCUGAAAUCAGUUUAGAUCUGAGACAGCUUGUAACACCCCCCUCAUUCCACAUGUUUACCUAUAAAAGUAAAAAAAAAAAAACACUUGUAAUUAAUCUAAUUUAGCCAAGAAACAACACAGUCUCUGAAAUCACAUUUGCAAUUGAGUUAUUUAAAGUCUUAAAGAACAUUAAAGCAACCAUUGAUCAAAUGCACUAUUUUGUACUGUCUGUAUAUAAUAAACACAUUAACUUCAAUCUGGAAAAGCAUUCACAUUUAUGUAUCUGAAUAUUUUAUUCAUGUUCCAACAUUAUUCUGAUGAAUUUACUUUAUGUGCCAUGCACACUCUGUAACACCCUGUAA